AUGUACUACUUUUACAUUAGCUCCUCUGUUUCAAGUUCUAAGGUCAUCAACAAAUACAUGAAUCCAAUUUGUACCAAAGAAUGUUUACAGAAAAUUGUGGAUGGAAAAUUACAGUGCCAUUGUGGAGAAGACAUUGGAGAUUUCACUUGGAGUUGGUUAAAAUCCAAUAACUCAACCAAUAUCCGAAUCUCUGAUGAUAGCAGAGAUAUCUUGUUCCACCCUUUAUACAGCUCUGGCACUGCUGUUGUCAGAGGUGAACAUGCUUUUGCUCAGAAUUUACAUUAUUAUUGGGAAAUCAAGAUGAUCUCGAAUUUGUAUGGAACAGAUGUGAUGGUAGGAGUGGGAACUUCCAAAAUUGAUCUAUCAGAUUGGAAAUUCAGGUUUUGUAGUAUGCUAGGCAUAGAUUCACAAUCAUGGGGUUAUUCCUAUCAUGGGAACAUCCAACAUAACAAAUUGGUAAGGAAGUAUGGGUCUCAAUUUGGUUUGGGGAGUAUAGUUGGACUGCAUUUAGAUAUGUGCAAAGGAACUCUGGAAUAUCAUGUUAAUAGAAAGCCUAUGGGUAUUGCAUUCUCAGGGCUCAAACAACAUGAUCUUUAUCCAAUGGUGAGCUCAACAGCAGCUCAGUCAGCAGUGAGAAUUGUUUGUUCUGUAUCAGAAGAAUCUACUUUGCAAAUGCUUUGUCUAGAGUUUGUUUGUAAAUCCCCUAGGCUUUAUCAAAAAUAUCAAGAGAUCCCAGGCCUGAGACGGUUAUAUGAAAAUAAGUACUUUUGGAUUGUUCCCACUAAUGGUGAAGGAGAGAGGAAGCGCCUUGCAGAACUUGAAGAAAACCUCAUGUGCCCUUUGAACUACUCGAAUUUUCUGAGGAAGAAUAAGAAAAUCCGCACCAUCAGAUGGAUCUCCCAACAUGAAGGAGAUGAAUCUCAAGAAAGCACCUCUAGUUCGCCAAUUUACAAUUUAGGUUCGGAUGGGGACAGUGGAAUAUCCGAGCAGAAUAUAUACGACGAUAUAUCUCCAUCUACCUCUGAAUCUAGGAACGUCAAAAAUAAAACUAAAGUUUUGGUGUGCUGUUCCGACCGUACUGACCAUGAGCACAACGUUUUCUGUACUGACUGUAAAUUUAGAAUUCAAAUUGAAGAAGAGGAGUUGAGUGAUUCUUCAUGA